AUGCCAACAAAAUAUAUUAGAAAAGGGACAGUGCAAAGGGGAAAAUGGACUGAAGCCGACCUACUCCGGGCUGCAGAAGCAGUUAAAAACGGUGUGAUGGGCUUGAGAGAAGCAUGCCGCACUUUCAACAACAUUCCUCCUCCAACACUUAGAAGGCGACUUAAAAAUAAUGACUUUAUCAAAAGAACUCUUGGACCGCCUUGUAUCCUUGGCAUCCAGAAUGAAUUAAAAAUUAGGUUUCAUAUACAAAAGCUACAAAAACACGGAUUUGCGCCAACUCGUGAAAAUGUCAGAGCAAUGGCGUUUCACCUGGCAGAUCAGCUUAAAAUUAAACACCCUUUUAAUAGAGACAGUAAACUUGCUGGUUAUGACUGGUUACAUAUGUUUUUACAACGACAUCCAGACUUGAGUGUUAGAAAAGCUGAGGGUGUAUCACUAGCUCGAUGCAACGGUAUGAAUAAAGAAAAGGUCUCGGCGUACUUUAAUCUGUUAGAAACAACAUUAAUGGAGGCCGGUUUAGUAAACAAGCCUGGUCAUAUAUUUAAUAUGGAUGAGACGGGUCUCCAACUUAAUAAUAAGCCAGGUUAUGUUAUUGCUCAGAAAGGCUCAAAAAACGUUGCCGCAAUAACAUCAUCAGAAAAGGGAGAAACAAUUACAGGCAAAAAUAAAAAAACCGAGUUUGAGGAUGGUAUGUCUCCGGGUUCUGUGGUUUACAUGAACGAAAAAUCCGCUUAUAUUAAUACGGAUUUGAUGUUUACCUGGUUAAAAGAACAUUUUGUUCCACGUAAACCAGACGGAAAAAUUCUACUUUUACUGGAUGGUCAUGCCAGUCAUUGUAAUUUGGUAGUAAUGCUGGAAUAUGCCGAUGAACAUAAUGUUAUUCUGUUUUGUCUACCUGGUCAUACUACUCAGUUCCUUCAACCCUUGGACAGGAAAAUUUCUCGUAUGCAAUUUGGUCAAUUGUUGUCGGAGGCGUGGUCAAAAGCAGCAACUGUUGAUAACGCUGUGUCGGCUUUUAAAUCUACAGGAAUCUGCCCAUUUAAUCCUGGUGCUAUACCAGAGUAUGCCUACUUGGAUUCUGAAGAUGAAAAAUUAGAUCCCAAUACUUCUGCAGUUUACGCUACUGAAUCUAAUAAUACCACUCAAACAAAAUGCCCUCUACUUCAGCCUUAG